AUGGGCAGUCUCUACAAGUCGCCGGCCUUGCCGUACUGGCAGGUCAACGUCCCGUCGGAGCACCGGACCGACGAGUGCCCGGAGGGCCUCCGCAACCUCUCCGCCAAGGACGUCGGCAUCCUCAGCACGCCGGACGCCGAAUACCGCCCGCAGACGUGGGGCAUCGUCCGCCGAUUCGUCGACACGAACCGCCUCGACCUUUUCCAACGCGUGCCCUCGGAGCUGCGGCGGUACCGCCUGUUCAUCCACCACUUGAUAAAGGAGCACGGCAGCGUCAUGAACUUUGUGCUACGGCACCGCCUGGGCUGGGAGGAGCCUUUGGUGGCCAAGGGCACGCCGUUCCAGUUUGAAGAGGAUCUGAAGAUUUUGGUCAACGACUGGCCGUACGGGAUCGAUCAGCGGAUCGUGCAUCUUGUUGUCUGGACCAAGUUUGAGCUGGAGGAGGAUUUGGCUACGGGGGAUUUGACGGAAAAGGCAAGGGGGGAGAUCGAGGAGUACGUUGACAAGACGUUCCGGGCGAGGACGAAGCCUGAUUCGGUCAUCUGGUUCAAGAACUGGAGGAGUCUCAAAUCCGUCCACGCCGUCGAGCAUUUUCACGUCAUGCUCUUCGACCCUGAUGCCGACUUCAUUCGGGACAUCACCAAUGGUGACGUUCCGCAGUGCGAGAAGUUUCAGGCGUGGUGCUAG